CCUUGCCGCAAGCUGCGCCCCAUUCGCGGGUUAGCGCCAGCUGCUGCGGCGCGUAGGGCCGGGCCACGCCAGGCCUCGGUGCUAGGCAGUGACCGCGGGGGCCUCCUCAGCGCUGUCGGCUUAGGCGCGGCGGUCGCGGGCCUUAUGGCGGGCUGGGGUUUCUCGCUGGCAGCGGGCCGGAGGAGGCCGAGAGCACAGAGCUGGGUGGAGGGAGCGGGGCGGUGAUCUUUGGGCCGCGGAGAGGGACAAUGAUGUUAUGUGUUCUGAGCAGAACAUUACAACUAGCAAGACAUUUGUACAGGCCACUGGGGAGAUCACUUUGUUCCACCAGCGCAAAUAAGCCAGUGCUGACUUUGUUCACCAAGAAACCAUGCCCUCUGUGUGACAAAGCAAAAGAAGUGCUUGAACCAUAUAAGAGAAGGUUUAUUUUGCAGGAGGUGGAUAUUACCCUUCCAGAGAACUCGGCAUGGUAUGAGGAAUACAAAUAUGACAUACCUGUUUUUCAUUUAAAUGGGAAGUUCCUAAUGAAGCAUCAAGUAGACAUUCAAAAGUUUGAGGACCAGCUUCGGAAGCUGGAGUUGCAAAAUGAUGGAAAACACUAAAGAAAAUGGUGUGAACCUGAAAGGACUGUACAAGAUAAAUUGUAUGAAAAGCAGCAUUUGUCAUCUGGCCUUAUGUUUCUUAGAACAUAUGGCACCAGUGUCCUAAAAAACUUGUGUGGCUUGAAUUCUAUUUUUGUAUUAAUCAUCCAGCCCCACUGCACCAGUGGCAGUUCUGUACGGUUCAUUUGACGCUGUCCUAGGCUGGCUUUUCACUGAGAGAAUAAAUGCUGCUGUGGAGCAGCAGAUAAAGAGAAA